GCGCAUGCAGACCAUCAGGCUACAUUCUUAGUCCGGGACUAAUUUUUAGUCCUCUACUUCGGUAUAUGUAAACAGCACCGCCCCGACGGUUGCUUGUUUUAAGCGUGGAACGAUCCGCCGGGCUCGAUUGACACUGUCUGAUCUGCUGCUGCGGAUUGCUCAGAAUAACAAGGCUGCUCGCUAAUUCCCGUCUAUCGGGGCUUUCGCCGAAACACCGAGAGAGUAGGGUCCAAAAAAAAGCCAACAAGGCAGGCAAGAACGCCGCGCCGCCGCUGUCUGCACCCAAGAAUGGCUUCAGGAGACCUUUACGAGGUGGAGCAGAUCGUGGAUAAGAGGCGGAAUAAGAAGGGUAAGUGGGAGUAUCUAAUUAGGUGGAAAGGCUAUGGAAGUAAAGAGGACACCUGGGAGCCAGAACACCAUCUACUACACUGUGAAGAAUUUAUUGAUCAGUUCAAUAGCUCAAGACUGCACUCACACAAACGGCCCAAAGUUUCCAAAAACCGUGGAGAGCCCUUCAUUCCUAGCCACCUUUCUGCAACAGAUGACUCAAGAGCUAGAGCUGAAGCUCGGAAAAAGAAAAGGACUAGUGGCUCAACUGUGGGGGUGAGAGUAGGGACUGUUCUAGGGAUUGGAAGUGGAGGAUCAGGAACCACUCAAAAGCAGAAGAAAGUGGGUGUAGGACCUGGAAAACAUGCUUUAGGGGACAGAAUGAGCAAAGCCAUGACAUUUAAAGCUCCUCCACCAGGCGGACCUCCCUUUGUCCCGUCAUUGAGGGUUCCUCAUAAUGGACUACAGAAUGGAGAGAUGGACUCUCUCAUGUACAGGACUGCAGCAAGGUCACAACGACUGCCCUCAGACAGGGUGGAUGGAGAACUAGGACAUAUGGAAGCCAGCGGACAGCAGUUUACUACUGAACUAGGCUCACCUUUAGCCAAUGGGAAGAUGCACCUACACAGCUCAGUGAAGCGGAAGCUGGCUGAGGAGAAAGGCUACGUUUUUGACAAGCGGCUCAGGUACAACGUGCGACAGAACGAGAGCAAUUGUCGAUUUCGAGACAUUGUGGUCAGGAAGGAAGAGGGCUUCACGCAUGUCCUGCUCUCCAGCCAAACAACAGAUAACAAUGGUCUGACGCCAGAGAUCAUGAAGGAAGUUUGUCGAGCUUUGGGUAAUGCCGCUGCGGAUGACAGUAAAUUACUACUGCUCAGUUCAGUGGGGACUGUUUUCUGCAGUGGCCUGGAGCCAUCGUAUCUGAUAGGGCGUCUGUCCACUGACCGCAGAAAAGAGAGCAGCCGCAUCGCAGAUGCUGUACGGGACUUUGUGUUGGCAUUCAUCCACUUCAAGAAACCCAUUGUGGUGGCAAUAAACGGCCCUGCUCUGGGCUUAGGAGCAUCCAUCCUGCCACUGUGCGAUGUGGUGUGGGCCAGUGAAAGGGCCUGGUUCCAAACUCCAUGUGCAGCCCUGCACCUCACUCCUUCUGGAUGCUCCUCUUACACCUUCCCUCAAAUACUGGGCGUCGCUCUUGCCAAUGAGAUGCUCUUCUGUGGAAGAAAACUCACAGCACAAGAAGCAUGCAGUCGAGGGCUCGUGUCGCAGGUCUUCUGGCCAACCACAUUCAACCAAGAGGUGAUGCUGCGUGUGAAGGAAAUGGCAUCUUGUAGCGCAGUGGUCUUAGAAGAGUCUAAAUGCCUGGUGAGGAGUAUCCUCAUGUCCGUCCUGGAGGAAGUGAAUGAGAAGGAAUGUCAGAUGUUGAAGCAGCUAUGGUGCUCAACUAAAGGACUAGAGGCACUCUUCAGUUACCUGCAGAACAAGACAAGUGAAAAGUAACCAUCCCACCACAGAAAUUAUAGAUGGUCAGUGUGGGUAUGAAGCUACCUAAAAAAACAAAAAAGGGGGGUCAGGUUGGCAGUGCUGUGGUGUCAAACUCAUUAUGGGCCUUUAUUUCCAUCAGUGAGCAGGAGAAUUCUUUCUGAUUUCUUUCUGUGUAUAUCUGUUAAAAAUUAAAUUCAGUCAUGAUCACUUUUCUAAAACAGGUUUUUGUUUUGUCCCCAAGUUUUCCCAGAUUUCCAUGCUCUGUGUUAAUGAGUCAAAGAGCAAGGGGGCAAAUAUGCAUUGCGUAAGCGCAGGGAGGUACAGAGCGCAUCUGUACAUAUGUGAGACUUAUUCAACAAGAUGGAUGAAAUAAUAAAUGUAUUUCUGACUGCACAUGACAAAGUGAUGAUAAUAUAUAGAAGAAGAAUAUAUAUUUAUAACAAGCGUGUAAAAGAGUUGCUUUGUGUACAUAGAAUGCAUUUUUCCAGGAUUUUUCUUUUAGUCUCUUACUGUUUUAAAUUGAAGUGUAAACCAAAGUUUGCAUGAGGACACAGUUGCUUGCUCCUUAUCAUGCACAUCCUCUCCUAUUUGAAUUGACUGUAUGUAGUCAUGAAGUAGUGUGGAUUUUUUUUCCUCAUAAUUAUAUUUUCUUACAUAAACAUCUUUAUUAAAAAGAGCAUUUCUGUUUGCU